UAGUCCUUUUCAGGCAUCAGUCUACGUUAAAAUGGCUAAUAAUCUAUUCGAAUACGAUGAAAGUAAAUUUUACCAACAGCUUUUUAAGGAUUUCAACAAAACCAAAGAAGACCUAAAUGGCUUUAUUAAUAUAAUGAGAAAAUGGGCUGAAACUCAAAAGCAUUUUCCUGAAAAACCAAAUGUUAAUUUGCUCCGUUUUGUCAUUCUUUAUAAUAAAUUCAGUAUAGAGGCAGCCAAGCAAAAGUUGGACAUGUUUUAUACAGUAAGAAACUUAAUGCCAGAAUUUUUCCAGGAAAAUCCCUUAACUGAAAAAAUGAUUCUUCAACGGAAAAUAUGGUAUAUGGUUCCACUUCCAAAAUUAGCAGACGACCACGUAAGAAUUAUAUACCAAAAGUUGAAUCCGAAGUAUGCAGAUCCGAAAUAUUUUAUUCAUGAGCAUAUGGGAGUCCAGUUUAUACAAUUAUUGACAUUGAUUGCUGAAAAUGACUCGUCAUAUCGUAUGCAUUACAUUUUCGAUUGUGAAUGCUUGAAAUUGGGACAUGCUGCUAAGGCAAGUCUUAUGGUUUUAAGGAAAUCUCAGAUUGUUAUGGAAAAAGUAUUUUCCACUCGAAUAGCGUCACUGUAUGCGGUAAACUUACCAGCGUAUUUGGAAAACUUUUUCAACACAGUGCUGAAACCAACUCUCAUUCCAAAAUUAAGAGAACGGCUCCAAAUACAUACUGGUAAUGAAAUUUUAUUUGAAAUAUUCGGCAAGGAACGAAUGCCUAGAGAUAUAGGAGGUGAAGAAAAGUCCCUAGAUGAAAUAAAUGACAUGUUGGAUCAACAAUAUGAACUUCACAAAGAUCGCUUUCUGGAACUGGAGAAACUAACCGUCGACGAAUCUUUAAGACCGGACAAACUGCAAAAUGACGAAAUUCUUGGUUAUUAUGGGAAUUUUAGGAAAGUCAAUUUUGAUUGAAACUAGAUUCUAGAUUUUUAUCAGAUUUUAAUUAAGGAGUAUGGUCGAAAUAUAUUUUCAAUAUUAAAAUGUC